CUCCUGUACUUCAGUAGCCACUCUCAUUUUUGUUGUCUAGAAAACUCUGUUUCCCAUUGCACUCUUCUUCUUCCUCUCUAACCAACCAACUUUUUCUCUUGAAAAGUAAAGUGCAAUUUCUUCAUUAUUGCUUUCUCGAUCAUGGCUGCUUUUAUGUUAUCUUUGGUGUUUUUAUUGGCUAUCACUGGUCACUCAAGUGCUAGUUACUGUAUUUGCAAAGAUGGUGAAGAUGUAAAAAUUCUUCAGGAGAACAUAGAUUAUGCCUGUGGAUCUGGAGCUGAUUGCACAGCUAUCCAUACUAAUGGUGCUUGUUUCAACCCUGACAGUGUCAAAGAUCAUUGCAACUAUGCUGUAAAUAGCUAUUAUCAAAGAAAAGGUGCAUCUGGUGCUAGCUGUGACUUUAAAGGAACUGCAACUUUGACACCAACUGCACCAGCUUCUACUGGUUCUGGAUGUGUAUAUCAGUCCACUGCAGGAAACACAAGUCCAACAACUGUACCAGGAACUACAAGUCCAUCAACAGGAGGCACUAGCACUGGCAGUGGAAGUGGCACAACAUUACCAGGGACUAAUCCAGUUUUUGGACUUGGACCAAGUGGCAUGACCAACACAGACAUAAAUGGUGGUACUAUUAUUCAUCAAAACACUGUGUUUUUCACCAUGACCCUUUUGUUUACAACCUUGUUGGUAUGCCUAAGGGCCUAAAAGAAACAAGAAUGAAAGAAGGGUAGGGGGGUGUAUAAGGGACAAUUAAGCUCAUUUGCCUAAUUGAAUAGAAUUUUGGGUUGGUAAGGGGGGAAUUAUGUGGACACAACUUCCACUUCUUCUUUUUUUGGUUUUGUGGUUUCUUGUUUUUAACAUCUACUUUUUAUUUUGUCAUGAAAAAGUUCCCCUUUAAGAGGAGGUGGAAACAGUUUAUUAAUUAGUGGUGUAGAAGGGGGCCUACUCUCUAUCUUUUUAGAUUUUUCCCUUUUGUAUAUCUAGAGAGUAGAGAAAAGAGGCUGUAAUUUUUUAUUCAAAUAUUGUUAUCAAUGAGACUGCUCACUACUUUGCC